AUGGCUUCUGUCUUUGAUGACUUUGCGAAGGGCCAGAAAACUGGUUCUGGUCCGACCCUUGCGGCCGCCCUCACUCCGAUCGCUCCCCCCGACUACCCGAGUCGCCUGUUCUCGUUCUACCGCUUCUCCAACGCCGCUCACGUCUCCUCCGACCUCCGCUAUUCGCUCUUUCAAGCCAAUGGCGUGAAGCUACCGAAACAAGAGCAGAAUGCCUGGAUUGACAUCUUUACUGCUUAUUGGAAGGCAGUGUCGGAGAUCGUCACGUUUGAUCUGUCACCUUCCGAUGCGAGCUGGGCCAAAGUCUUUGACGCUUGGAAGGAAUUGACCAACGUGCUGGUAAGGGGAUACACGAACGGUGGACUUCAAGCAUGGACGAUCCCGUGUUUGUACGUUGUCGGGAAGUACCUGCGCACGUUUGCGAUCCGAGCCGAUGCGGAACUCGCCUCUCUGGGCUCUGUCGCCUCAAAUCAAUUCCAGGAUGAUAUAGCGUCGGAGUUUGAAAAGAGUGCGAAAUUGGAGGAAGCUGCUCGUGUCAUGAACCGGAUGUUCACGUUGUGUCUUACCGACAGAGCACCGAUCGAAGAAUCGCGAAAGUGGGGCGUAUACAACAUGACGAACUUGUUGUUCAAAACAUACUUCAAGCUUAAUUCCGUUGGACUCUCGAAGAACUUGCUUCGCGCUCUCGAAGCUUCGUCCGCGGACCUUCCGGAAAUGGAGGCCUUUCAUAAAUCCCAAAUCGUCACUUUCAAAUACUACGUCGGAGUUAUUCAUUUCCUAGAUGAAAACUACGUCGAGGCGGAAGAACAUCUAGCAUACGCAUGGCGCAUGUGUCACAGACAUGCAACCAAGAACAGAGAGUUGAUCCUCACAUAUCUUGUGCCCUGUCACCUCGUCACAACACAUACAUUGCCAAGCAAGAAGCUCCUCGCACAGUUCCCUCGUCUCGAGAGGCUGUUCCGACCACUUUGUACCUGCGUCAGAAAAGGAGAUCUGGUUGGGUAUGAUGCCGCCAUGGCUGCUGGGGAGGAAGAGUUUGUCAAGCGACGGAUCUACCUUCCCUUGGAGAGAGGCCGCGACAUCGCCCUGCGGAAUCUGUUCCGGAAGGUAUUCAUUGCGGGCGGGUUCGAGGAGUCCAAAGAUGGCCAACCUCCCAUUCGGCGGACUCGAGUGCCUAUUUCCGAAUUUGCAGCAGCCCUACGAAUUGGCAUGCAUACAAGUUCUCGAUCUCGGAUUGAUAUCGACGAAGUCGAGUGUUUGCUGGCGAAUCUCAUCUAUAAGGGGCUCAUGAAAGGGUAUAUUGCUCGUGAACGUGGUAUGGUUGUCCUUAGUAAAGGGGGCGCCUUUCCAGGGACGGGUGUCUAG